CCCGAAGGUUUGUCGAUUCUUGGGAAUGUGCUUGACCUAGACGUUUCUGCGCCUUGGCUGUCGCAUACCGAUUGGGCAAAUAAAUACGUUGAUGUUGUCUAUUCAACUAUCCUCGGACAAGAGUUUGUCAUUAUCAAUUCCCAGGAACUUGCGCAUACACUUCGUGACCAGCGUUCUGGAGUGUAUUCUGAC